AAACAGUUCUGGUUUCUUAUGCCGAGGGAAAGUUUUUAUGAAAACUCCACACAAAGGAAUCAGUUCACUUGUCUGCAGCGCUGAAACGGUUAAGCAAAGCAGCUUCUCUCAACUGGAGCUCUAGAGCUGUAGGCGGGACUCACAGCCACUGAAACCAGCAGCAGGGAGGGAGCUGUUCAGAAGGGAGGAAGCGGUUCACAUCUGGCACGGCAGACAGAGGUGUCGUGUUCAUUUGUAGCUCGUGAGGACUGGACCGGGCUGCUGUGAGUUCUUCUUCUCCUUUUCAACUUUUGCAAACAGUUUGCCUGCGUUGUGAACUAAGACUCGUCAAGCUCAAGAUUAACCAUGGCUGAAUUCGGUUUCGAGGAGAUUGGUGAGGAUGAGAUACAGCAAGCAAUGGAAUCUGGGGGUUUAGCAGGGGCUGCCAAACACAUCCAGGCUUAUCUGGAGUCGCUAGACAGCGUGGAGGUCAACAUCGCCAUCACCGGGGAGUCGGGAGCAGGCAAGUCCUCCUUCGUCAAUGCCUUCAGAGGACUGGAGGAGCAGGACGAGGGGGCAGCCCCGACCGGGGUGGUGGAGACCACCAUGGAGCCCAAGGAGUACCCGCACCCCAAGUUUCCCAACGUCACGAUCUGGGAUCUUCCAGGGAUCGGAACACCGAACUUCAAAGCAGAUGAAUACCUGGAGCAGGUGAACUUCCAGCGCUACGACUUCUUCAUCAUCAUCGCGUCCGAGCGCUUCCGGUCCAGCAACGCGACGCUCGCCAUGAAGAUCCAGGAGAUGAAGAAGAAGUUCUACUUCGUCCGCUCCAAGAUCGACGACAACCUCAGGGCGGAGAGCAGAAAGAGAGGCUACAGCGAGGAGAAGACUUUGGACCAGAUCAGACAAGACUGCGUCAAGUGCCUGCAGGACCAUGGCGUGAAGGAGCCGCUGGUCUUUCUGAUCUCCAGCUUCGACCUGCACCUCUACGACUUCAACAAACUGGAAGAGACCCUGGAGAACGAGCUCCCCGAACACAAGAGGCACAUCCUGCUGCUCUCCCUGCCCAACAUCUCCCUGCAGGUUUUGAAGCGGAAGCAGGAAGCGCUGAGAGCCAGGAUCUGGAAACUAGCUGCCCUUUCGUGCGGGGUCGCCGUCGUGCCCAUCCCCGGUCUCUCUGUAGUUUGUGAUGUCACUAUCUUGGUUAAAGAGCUGAGUUUUUACUACAACACUUUCAGCCUGGAUGAGGAAUCCCUUCAGAGCCUGGCCCAGAGGGUGAAUAAACCAGUGGAAGAUCUGAAGUCAGUGAUCAAAUCCCCGCUGGCGAAGGAGCUAUCGGCCGACGUGGUCCUCAAGCUGCUGACGAAGGCAGUAGGAGGAGGGCUCAUGGUGGUGGAGUACUGGGCCAGCACCUUCCCCAUCUUUGGAUCUGCAGUGGCGGGAGGGAUCUCGUUCGGAACCACCUAUCACAUGCUGAAGAGCUGCUUGGAGGAGCUAGGAGAGGAUUCCUGCAACGUGCUGAAAAAGGCGUUUGAAACGGAGGUCUGAUGAAGGGAAUCCAGUACCUGCACGCUGUUAAACAAACCCAGUCGAAAUGCUGGACUAUCUUUAUUUUAUUUCUUAUCCAGUACCCUAAUAAAUGUGUCAGUUUGAAUAUA